UUGCAGGUUCAGGGAACAAAUGAUCGUGCCACGCUAAGCAAGUUUUCAACUGUGAAACAAGGCUACUAUGAAGAUAGAUUCAUACAGUAUUUUGUCUCCAAGACUUCAAGGAGGGCGCCAAUUAUCCAUAGGUGAUGGCAAAAUAAGACAAGACAAGACAAUACUUUAUCUGGAGUCUUAUAGAGUCCUAUCAGACCUGCCAACUCUCACGGUUCUGCCGUGAGUCUCACGAUUUUUUGUCAUUUCUCACGGUCUCACGACAAGGUUCCUCAAUCUCACGGGUUUUGGGAAAAAUCAUUCUGAAAUGAUUUAAGUUGUUGAAUCAGAAUAAAAAUGGGAAAUUAACGAGGAAUGUUCCUGUUUAGGCCUUGAUGGCACCUUGUCUAACAUUUUGGCCAUGAAGUUGGCUUAUCCAGAAGAAAUGACACCUUGCUAUAAGGUUCGUCCUAGUGAUGACCUAUUAGAAUCAUCAAAGAAAGCUGCAUCUUCUUACAACAGGGAACACAAAUGAAACAUUUAAAUAAACUGUUAAUGACUUUCCUCGAUGGAAAAGGGGUUUGUUUAAUCUUGAUCGGGAAAAAAAUAGAAUCUCACUAUGUUUUAUUGAAUCUCCAGAUUUUUUUUCAUGGGUCUCCAGAUUUUCCUUUAUCAGGGGUUGGCAGGUCUGUCCUAUGUACAUCGACUUUUUAUCCAAAUAAUUUAAAAUCAUAACACACAUUGCACACUAGUGAAACUAUAAUCAAUGUUAACCUAAAGAACUAAUGAUCUUCUUUUCUCAUAGCAGUCGAAUACAUAUUUCGCAAUUAACUUUUGCACUGGUUUGUUCUUGCUCGGAGGGUUUAUUAACAACAGAAAAACAUCAUCUGGUGCCAUUCUGUUUACUGCUAUAAUUUCUGUAUUCUUUGUUUAAGUAUUCAAAUAAAUUCUUUCAUGUAAUACACCGGGUUUUUUGGGGGGGGGCGUGGGGGGAUAUCCAUAUAAGAAUGUGAGACAUUUGGCCUCUGCUCAAUGUGACAGGGUAUAAACUACGGUGUGACAAUUAUUAAAUGUGGAAAAACUUCACGAGUUAUACCAGCAGUGAAAAAACCUUGGAUUGGGUAUUUUAAAGUGGGGCAUUUCUACUAAAAGAUUUGACUGCAAAAUCCGUCACAAACAGGGUCCAAAUUUAGAGACUCGGGCAAAACAUACCUGUUAGAGGUCAAAAUUAAAUUCAGGUUUAAAUUUUUUAAGCUUUGUUGAUUCUCAAUUUCCUUUAUAAAAAUUGUCUCCUAGCCCUAAUUCGUGAAUAAUCAGGGCUAGGAAACAAAGGAAAUUGAGAAUCAACCUAGGUUAAACAUUUUUGGCCUGUUGAUUGACCUGUAACAUUUAUAUACCCACUCAAAAUCUGCCCCAAGUAUCUACAUAAUUAUGGAGAAGUGUAAAGUUCUACAUGGGAUCCUAGGAAUUGACUGUUUUAGAGAGGUAACUGUCAUAUAACCUCUCCCUUUUUUUUUCUUUUAUUUAAUAACAUUUAUUUGGUUACAACACUUCUACUGACAAUACUUACAUUUACAUAGAGGGAAAAUAAAAACAACGUACAAGAGAUAGAUAGAUUGAUAGCAAGUCAAUUUAAUAUUAGUUGCCUGGAAACCCACAUCACUGAGCUAGCAGGACCUCAUUUUUGAGUAAUGAAAGUCUGAUGAAAUGCAGUUCAUGUCAGUCAUCAUUAUCAUAUAUUUAUUUUUCCUUUCUUCCAAAGAAUGGACCUGUUACUUAAACACAGAUUCCUGGACAAUGUGCCUAGCCCUUUUGGCCCUGUCAUUAUUCUCAUGUGAUCUUGAAAUUUUUCUCAAGACAUAUUUUUAAAAAAAAUUGCACUGGUUAACUACUAGAACAUUGCCAUUGUUAAUAUUGUUUCUAUUGUUACAUUUUAGGUCAUAUUACAUAAGAGCCAAAGCAAUUCAUUUCAUGUUGAAAGGAUUUCUCCAAAGUUGUAGCCUUAAAAGUUUACCAAAACAGGUACACCUGAAUACAGCAAAACUCUAAUAAAUUAACCAUUUUCUAUACCCAGUAAUAGUAAAAUGUAUCCUGGAAAGAACCACGAUAUAACAAAACCUUGUUAUGGUGAACAUACAACUGUAUUUUGUCCGUCCUUUGGUCCUUCGUUAUUUUGAGGUUCCACUACAUAACAGAUAUGUUAACAGUAUUUUUAUGGCUGGUUCCUGAAGCGGGUACAUUGUAAAAAACAUUGUGUUCUAAUGAUUAGCCGAGCAGGCAAAAAAAUGGGUCUAUCUGGAUGGGAAGUUAGUCUAUCGCAAGGCUUAAUCACCAACAUUAAUUUUACCAGUACCGAUUUAUGCAUCUGUGCAAAGAGAGACAAAGUGGAGCAAAUUUUCUUGUCUUAAAAGACAAUGUAAUAGCAGUGCAUCCAAACCCAAACCCUGUAGUCCAAACCUAAAACUCUCAGCUACCAUGCCUUGUCUUCCUGAAUUUACAUUAGCUUUCAUUAGUUUGUUAUGUGUAAAAGUACACAAUACUCUAGGGAAGUUCAAAAAAACUAUUUUAUGUAUCAGAAGGUAAAGUUCAAUAUAUUUUAUUUUAUUUUUAAUUUUACAAUAAUACAAAAAACCCUUUUAUCUUGUCCUUGUUUACAGAUUGUUUCUCUUGGUGCUGGGUUUGAUACAUUAUUCUUUGCACUUUCCAGAGAAGGACUUUUGAAAGAUACAAAAUAUUUUGAGGUAGCUACAUUUAGCAACAAAUUUUUUUCUAUAGAAAGUUACUCUGCUAUGUGUACAAGCAGAUCUCUCUAAAUCUACACAUCUAUAGAGUAGACAUUAGUCUCUCUGAAAAAGACAACUUAUUUCCUUCAGAUCUUUUGAAAAAGAUUUGGACCCAUGGUAGGUCUGUUUUUUUCUGAAGCAGAUAGAACAAGCGAAGUUGAAAUAUUCCUUUUCCUUGUUAGUAUAAUAUUGCCAGUGGCUUGGGAAUGGUUGAAGGCAUACUUGUUAUCUCCUGUCAAGACUAUACAAGACAACAAAUAAUUAAGUAUCCAGGAAAACUGCUCAUACCUUUUCAGUCUUUUCAGGCAGUGGCAAUUUUUAUUCUUACCCACUGAAUGUCCCCCCUGCAGCCAACAGGCCCUGUUUUCUAAUGACUCUUUAUAGCGCAGAUACACAUACUGUAGCUCUCUGAGAUGGUUCCAAUUUGCUACUUUAGAAUUGAGAAGGGGACUGGGACAUCAAAAUUGUUUCUGGAAUCAUUACUGCAGAUGUAGCAGUCCCAGAACUGAGAAGUUUUUUACAAGAGUUAAUUUGGCCGGUUUUCCUUCUCAAUUCUACAGUGGUGAAUGGCAUCCAUUCUUUGUGUGAAUCAACUUCUUCAUUGAUGAUUUAAAUUUUUCUUUAAUGUCAAUAUGCUUUAGGUUGAUUUUCCAGAGGUUGUCAAACAGAAGGGCAGUUUAAUUGUGCAGCACAUAGAGUUAUUAAACACGCUUGGAGGAGUCACUUCACAAAAUGAACAUUGGCUCGGCGGGGGUAUUGUUGCUCUUCUUCUUUCCUUUCUUUUUACAUAAACAGAAUACAGUCAACUCUCCUCUUGCGGACACCCCGCCAUAAGGUGACAAAGUGAAGAAUAUGAAUUCUGUUCAGUUCACUGCUGGCUUUACAAUAAUUUUUCUACCGGUCAGAUUUGCUACAUUCGAGAUCACUAUCUACAUAUUAGGCUCUCUGGGUUUUGGCAAGGUCCAAAACUUGCACCUUCAGAGGGGCAGGCUUAAAAGAACGAGAAAUAUAUUAAAAAAGACUUUUUUUCUUGUGGGAUUAAGGAAUUAUUUGCUAUAGUUUAUUGAAAAUAAUGUGUAGCGAAAGUGUUGUGAACUUAUGGCAAAACAAGUAGCAAUAACAGUUAUUACGCUCUGCUGAGAGAAGGAGGGACAUGAAUUUUUCAAGUAACAAGCAAAUUUUUUGAGAUUCUAUGCUUACAUGUACCUGUAUACAGGAGGAGUGGUGAAAAAGGGGAUUAAACAUUUCCCUGAUAGCACUGGCGGAUCCAGGGGAAGGGCUCAGGGCCCCCCCACCCUUUAUUUCUGGACCAAAAUGAGGCCAAAGGGGCUGAGAAAUAUUUUUGGAGACCCCCCCCCAACCCUCCUCCUUAUCUGGAGGUCUGGAUCCGCCAAUGGAUAGUAUCUGCAACAUAUGAUUGUAUUACCCUACAAUUGAGCUUGUUAGCUAGUUACAUUUUUACAGAUUGUAUUUUAAUUAUUAAAUUCAUAUUGUUGUAAAAUUAAUAGGUUUUGACAGUGAGAAAUACUCUCUACUUGGCUGCAACUUAAAGAAUAGGACAGCACUAGAAAACUGCCUUCUAAAAUGUGGACUAAACACAACAGUUCCAACUCUGCUGCUCUCGGAAGUUGUACUGACUUACAUUGACCCACCACAGAGGUAUGUACUAAACAUUAAUUUGAUGUAAUCUGAUAGAAAACCGUGGUGAUGAUUUUGUUGAUGAUGGUGAUGAUGAUGAUGAUGAUGAUAAAGACAUCAGAGGAAUAAAAACUUACUGACCAGUUAUACAAUUUAGCAGUGGUAGUGUAACUGGCAUGAUUACCAUGUAAGCCCCGAUAUUCACUUACAAAUUCUCCAAACUAAUCCCCUUACAUUUCCUUAAAGAAUUAAUUGAGAGACUUUGAUAAAAGAUCAAAGCACUUUCCCUGUGGUGAUCAUUUUGUUAAAUCUCAUAACCUUUUCUUUUGAUAAUGUAUUGAUUACAAGGAGAAAAUUGAUGUUGGUCACUCUUGGGACCUAAAGGGUUAAGUACUUACAAGAUGACUUUCAGGGACCCUUUCCCACUGGGCAAGUAAGAGCAGGGGCCUCCCAAGCUGACGUUACGAUUGUGUUAUGUAAAAGAGAGUAAGUGUAGCGUUACAAUCGAUCGCUGAGACUUUGUAUAUGAAAUAACAUACUGAGGUCUGCGAACACUAAAUAUCCAAUACCAGACAUAUUUCCGGUCAUCGCUAACAUGCGUAUUACAGCAAUUCAGAAACAAUAAAAAGUAUUGACGUCGAUAAAGUAGGAAUUAAAAAACCUUUAGCGAGUAAAUCCUAUUUUGUGUAGAAUUGAUCGCCUCCUCAUUUCUCGAUCUAAUCUCCAAGCAAGCGAGACUGAAUGCUGGUGUAAGAGCCUUCUUGUUUUUCUAUAAAAUGAAUAAAGGAGACUUACCUUUAAUGUUUUCCUGUGUUGUUUGGUGCGAAUUCAUCGAUUUUGUCGAGUUUUUUGGCACAAUACGAAGCUUCGGAGCUUGAGCCGCCUGUGGUAAGCGUAAAAAAUACUCGCCUAGCAAGAAAACGUCUUUGUCAAGGAUGACUGGACAAAGCUGUUUUCAAACCCUCCUGAAUCUUUCUAUAUUUUAGAUACCCUUUUAAGACUAAAGCAACCCAAAAUCAUCGUUGUUGCAAACUUACAAAUUUUACCGAAAAACUGAGAAAAUCCUCUCAGCUGUCAUACUGCCUCAAAUUGACAAGAUUCCUGCAUUUAGCUCCACAGACAUAAUUCACUGGGCAGCAGAUUUCUUCAGUUCUGCAAUGUUUGUAAUGUUCGAACAGGUAAGAAAAAAAAUCAUGGGGUACUAAAUAUUUGUUGUCUUUGUUUUUAUUUUAUUAACGUACUUUUAAUUAUUUUUUUUAUUUUUUGGUUUCUUCAGGUUUACCCUAAUGAUCCGUUUGGAAUAAAAAUGUAAGUAACAAAUCUUUCUCUAAAAGGUAAAACUGUCAACCUUAAAUUCAAUAAAUCAUUACAGUUUUCUAAGGUAAACAACUUUUUCUAUUCCAAAAGGGUAUCAUAUCCAUGUAGACGCCUGACAGUUUAGCAACACUUUACAACAGUUUACCGCCUGUUAACCAGCAGUUAAAGUUAAUGAGCAGUUUACCGACACUUUACCGAAAGUUUGCCGACAGUUUACCAACUGUUUACCAUCAGUUAAUACCAAUCAAUUUAACAUUAGUUUACCAUCAGUUUACCAACAGUUUAAUAAUAAUAGGAAUAAUUUUCCUCGUUUACCCCGUUUACCCCCGGCAGUAUUUAUAGCACUGAUGCUAUAACAACCUGAUUUGUUGCAAGACAGGUUUGAACGUACUGGGUGGUAAAACAAGCAACAUUGCCUUUGAACUCGACGGCGACGGCAACGAGAACGGCAAAAAAGUAAUACUGAAUAAUAAUAAUAAUAAUAAUAAUAAUAAUAGGUUGGAUUAUCAAAACAAAAAAUUUGCACGUGCAUCACGCUUUUUUGUACAUUUCUUUGCCGUUGUUGUACGACUCUGACGUGAACGUUCCUGCUAAUUUGACGUCUUUAAUUUAUGGCGGGAGGGCUUGAACGCAAGACAAUGAUUUUCUUUUUCUCUUUGUGAAUUUGGAUACGUUCCUUUAGAAUUUGACCCCUGGAAGAAUUCGCCACCAUUUGGCAAAUUGAACGAGGUAAAAAAGUAGCAAUGAAGUUUGCAUAGUUUUAAGUGGCGUUUUUUUGCUGCCGCCGCCGUCGUUGUUGCUUAAUCACCUUAAUUAAUGCACGAAAAAAAGUAAGAUGCACGUGCAGAGUUGUUUGCUCAUUAAUUUAAAACCUUUGACUUUGAAGACGUCCUUGUUGCGGCCUUCGUCAUUGUCGUUGUUGCUUACAAGUUACAAGACAGGCUGCAAACCGGCGUAACAGCACCUGUUUUCUUCCUCAAUUUCAGGAUGAACCAUUUCAAGUAUUCAGUCGGCGCUCCACUUCACGCCACGGAAGCUUUUCCAACUCAGCAAAGUCAAAUACAACGAUUCUUGAAUGAGGUGAGAGGAAAAUGAUUUCUAGGCCCUCGGGUACGAAAACGAGGACUCCAGCUCCGUAGAAGCUGCAAGGGAAUGAAAAUGAGAACUUUCGUGGUUUUUUGUUCUCUAAUUAAUUGCGUUCGUAUGAAGAGUUAUCCUACAUUCCCGGUCAUAAUUGUUGAAACACUUGCGAGGUUUUCCUUCCCUUCCGUUUCGAUGCAAACGGGUGAAACCAAUACUGAGGGAACGGGAGGGAAGCAAUACGUGUAUUCAUGAAACGACUAAGUAUAUCUUGUGUUUUCCGGAAGUGUUUCAACAAAUUAUGACCGGGAUUGUAGCUUUGUCAAUGUGUCAUAAUGUUUACGCGACCAACUGGAAAAUGACAACACUGCAUUAUAUUAGUCCCCGCUUACAUGGAGUAGAGUUUUCUCGGGAAGAAGGCUCACCCUUCUAGCCGAAUAAACUUUAGCGAGCGUUUAUAUGAGGAGAAAAAAAAUUCAACCCUUUAGCCCGACCAAAGACCUGACAAAAGCGCUCGCGCAUUCUCUUUAGGGAACUUUAGCAUCAACUACGGCGACGACAGCGAAAACGUCACUUUUGAACUGAACUCGCGUUUUUUCGAACUUUUUCGCGUUUAUUCCAAUUGAGGCAAAAUGUCAAAUGUAGGCGAAAUUUCUUGGGGACUGCACUCAAGUUUAGAGAGAGAAAGAAAAAUUCGUCGUCGCUUGCUUACGUCCUCUAUAAAACGUGAAGUUAGGCAUUUUCACGUCGAAGUCGUGCAGUGACGGCAACGAAAUACACAAAAAAGCUUAAUAAGCCUAUUGCUUAUUUGACCCGCCUAGGCGAACAAAAGUGUUUAUAUAGAGAAAACCAUCAUCAAAUGGGUGACCCGGCUAGGCGGGCCACUCUUCUUGCCAAGCCAAGUUUUGUAUGGAAAUGUAGGAAAGGUUGGCUCGCCCAGGGUAGUUCGAGUAGAAGGGUGACUCUUCCGGUACAACUUUUCUCCAUAUAGAUGGAGCCUUAGGACCUGUUUACAUGGAGGUGGGGGACCCCAGGUAGGUGAGGUAACCUGCUUAGGGUAACUUGCCUGUCCACAUGAUCUCUCAUUUUAAUGUGAUCACGUUUACGUGAUAGGUGGGUUGACCCACCACAUGUUACCUCUCCUUUGUGGGGUCCCCCUCGUCCAUGUAAACAGGCCCUUAGAAUGCUAUUUGUGACUCCCCAAGACAGCUGGCAUUCACGGGCGCUACAUUUUAUGCAGGUUCUUGGAAUAUUUGUUGUUUUUCACAGGGAUGGCCUGUGGUGGAAUGUCCAACUUUAAACUAUAUUUACUACGAUACACUACCAGCAGAGGAAAAGGCUAGAGUGGAAGAAGUUGAACCCUUUGAUGAAUUUGAGGUAAUUUUAUGUGAAUUGCUCUCGUCUUUGUAGGUUUAUAUAGUGGUGAGUUUAUAUGGUUUAUAGGUGCUGUGAGUAUGUAUGUGGGCUGCAAGUAUAAUUAGUGUGUCACGGAAACAUGCUGCAUUUCACUAAUCCCGAAGUUCUUGGCAAGCGGGAUCGAGCAUGAUACGUUACAGCCUUCUGGCAUGAAUUUGGGCGGCGCAGUCUGAAAUCUCACAGUUUUUAACGGGGCUGCUUACUAGAAGCGGCUUCUCGCUCCUCCCCACUCCCCUGGCGGCGGUGAUCACAUCCCCAAACCUCUCUGCAUAUCUCACCUUUGCCUAGGCAGUCGCGGAUUCCGCCCAUAACCCCUAUAAGGACACGCACUUUAUACGGACACCCGUAUCUAACGGACAGUUUCGUUUGUCCCGACCAAAAGAUCAUAUAUUUUCUCUGAAAUUAACCCGCUCAAUACGGACAACGGACAUUUUCCUUUGUCCGGAGUCAUAAACUCCUUAAUAUCGUCAACCCCGCUUUACGGACACUGGUUAUCUGAGCACUGUCUAUGACUAAAUAUUUUAUCUGUGAAUACCUAACAAAAACGGCGAAUGAUCUUCUUAAUGUUCUCUCUAAUACUCAGUCUACCUGGCUGAGUCGCAACUGAUUAAAGCAGUCAGCGCAAAGUAAAGUCGUGCAUUCCAAUGUCGUGUUUCAACAACAAUACUUUAAAAAGGUAAUUUUGGUUCCAGACUAUGGUAAUUGGUCGUGAGAGUCUUAAGACUUAAAACAAUGUUUCCUCGUAAAAAUGUCUGCUUUAGUUGUUAUAUCGAUAAAAUAUGUGUCCUUGACGUUUUUUUUUCUGACAAUAGGGACCUUUCGAAACUACGACGGUGACGGCAACGGGAACUUAAAAAAAGCAAUAGGUUUAAUGAGCAAAAGAACAGCUUUGCACGUGCAUCACGCUGUUUUGUACAUUUUUUGCUGUCCCUGCACAACUACGAAGUGAAAUGACCAAAUUUUAAGUUUACUUGAGAACGGGAACGGCCAGGCGAUAAAUUCUACCAUCUCUGUCUGAAUUCGGGCGCAGUCCCCUCUCUUCAGCUCCAAUCAAAAUUCACUUCUUUUUAAUAACAGGACGAAUUGGGAUAAUCGCGAAAAAGUUUAAAAGGAUGCGAAGUCUAUUUUUCAGCGAAGUUUUCAUGGACGUCGCCGUUGUCGGAUCGUAAGGUCCCUAAUCCAUUUAAGACGGCACCCUAAUAAUACGGACAUUUUGCCAUGUCCGAUCAUUCGUGUCCGUACUGUCCAGUUUCAACUUAUUUUACCAUGAUAUAACAAUACAUCUUGAGUACGUUAUGGCUACCCUCGCCUGACCACAUCGUCUUUAUAUCUGUCGCAGGAAUGGCACCUUGUGUGUUCUCAUUACAUUAUUUUGGUGGCCUUCAAAGGAUCCUGUCAGAGUAUCAAAGAUGAACUACUUCGUCAGCAAACUGGUACUAAAAUAAUUUUCGUUAAAGGCCUUGGAACACACAGUACAGCAUUGUAGGUAGCCUGAGUAUCAGGCCUUCCUAAGGGGCUAGGGGAGAGGGGAUUUUAGAUGGGGGAGGGGGGAGGGGGAGAAAAGAAAGGAAGGCCUGACACAAAACCAUUCAGCAAAUCGUGUGACACAUCCAAAAUCUGGAUGUGGCAGUGAUUGGAUAACACACAAUACCCCCUGACGUCACCAACCGCAAGAGCGAUCGGCAAGGAGAAGCCAUUGAAAUUUUUCAUAGCUGUGUUGAUUUCAUGUGACCGGUAUCAGCGGUAUGUGAUACUUUUAUGGACAGAGACGCAGAGAGGAAUUCAAGAAGGCUCUAGAGGGCGCUCUCAAGUUCUUUCCUGGAAUGAAAAUAAACCCGAGCAAGAAUUGUGUUUUCAGGGCCUCGUAGUUUAAAGGAAAGAUGUACUCGGAGUAUGGAAAAGCCUCAUAUACCAGCUUCUGCCGAAACUAUGUCCGAGUAUUGGUUUCACAAGACCGGGACAAAGAAGACGAUAUCAGUGUUUCAGAUAUCUAAGUUCUGAUUUACAACAUCCUGCCGUUAAAAGGGUAUUAGCUGGUAUUGUUACUUACAUUGUAGGCCAAAUUACACCCCCUCUAAACUCCCGAGGGGGGGGGACACUCCUUUCAUAAAAAUGGCAGGGUGCUCUUUGAAAUACAGUCGAAUCCCCCUCAAAGCGACCACCCAAAACGCGAAGAUUUAGAAGUCGCUUAUGGGCGGUGGUCUCUUACGGGAAUCGAACCAGAUGGGGUCUCUCUUCCGAGAAGAAGUCCCCACUUAUCUAGGUUUUUUGUGUGUGUGCUCAUAGUAGUGUAGUGCAUACAGCGAAUUAAGAGAUCAGACCACGUGUAAAGCGGUCGCUUACAAGAGGUUAAAAACAAUUGAAAAUUAUAAAACUGUCACCCCGAAAAGUGGUCGCGUUCGCUUACAAGAGGUGGUCGUCAGGAGCCCAUCAAUUUGAUGGGCUCCUGGUGGUCGUUUAUGAGAAGUUCCAACUACAGGGCUUUGACCGGGAAAAUUUUGGUGUUUUGGAUCUGUGGACGCUUAUGGGAGGUGGCCGCUGACGAGAGGUGAUCGCAGGUGGAGGUUCGACUGUAUUCUAAAACCUCCGUAAAAGGUUUUUAAAUCUUUCUUUGUGGGCUCCUCUCAAAUUCGUUUUAAUGCUUAAGAGGUACGAAAAAAUCAGUUGAGUAACAAAUGGUUCCUACUAUUUUUUUUACUAUUAUUUAUGAUUUAUUACUAUUUUUUUACUGUUACAACCCCGGAUACCGCAACAGAUCUGAUGGCGAUCAUUCGCCGCUUUAGAACCGAGAAGAAGACUGGGCUGAGUAAACUUUCGCAAAGACUUCUGGGACGGUCAACGGAGACAGAGGAAAAAUUUUCCAGUAGGGAGCUCAAGCAAAGGUGUUUUUGAGAGACGCACGUCAACCGGAAGUAAGGACUUUUUCCCUUUAACAUGUGUUGACGCUAUAAAAUUUGUAUUGCUUAGUUUCUUUUCACUUGUAGAGACGAUUUAGCUGAAGAUUUUGGCAAAACCAUUGUUCAGGAAUGUAAAAAGUCCACUUCCGGUUGACCUGCGUCGCUCAAAAACGCCUUUGCUUAAAUUCCCUAAUAGCUGACGCGUUCCCAGUAACGAUCCCAGAAGUCUUUGUGAAAGUUAACUCGGCCCAGUUUCCUUCUCCUUUUUAAAGAGGCGAAUUUUAGAUGAAAGAACUGUAAGCGGUACCAAUCGACAGAUCGUUGCCCAUAAGAGGGAGGACCGAGUCAGUUGCCCCGUCGUUUUUCUAAGGGAUUACACCAGGGAACUACAUCGUGUAUCUACUCCUGAAAUUUUGAUGCGCAAAAUAAAUUGGCCGUUUCUUUGCGAGAGAAGUAGUCCAGACGCAUUUAAAGUCGUCUGGUGUAAAAAAGAGACACAUAAACGUAGACGACAACUUUGAAAAAAAAAACAGAUUUUUUGAAAAAUAACAAAACGCUGAUUCUUCCCUGUCGUUUCUGGACGAGUUGGGCAUAAAGGCGUCCCCGUUUACGGCGUCCCGUUUUUAUACUAGGUGCAUUUAACGUCUGAGACGUUAAAGUCGUCCGUUGAGUGCGUCUGAACGGCGCACUUAACAGAAGGCUUUAAAGUCGUCAGACGUUUAAUGCGUUUGUUUUAUUUACCAUUUUUAUACUAGGCGUCAAAGUCGUACUGAGACGACUUAAACAUCUCUAACAUAAAAACGGCCAUUGUAACAUCAGCUGAGAAUUUUCAAUGCUUGCGAUGACGAAAUGCAUCCUUUCUGCAUCUUUUUGUGGUUUUGCCCUUUACAUAUUGUUCUUUUCCUUUAAGUGUUCUUCCUCCUCUUCCUUCUUUCCAAGUAUAUAAAAAAAUAAAAGAUAUCCGGAACUGUAAUUUGUACAUAUAAGCGCAUUUGAUCGUGCACCAUGGAAAAUUUCGCUAUAUAAGUUUUAAUUUAUUUUAAUUAUAAUAUGUGUUGUGGUUCUAUAUGUCGUUUUCUGCUAUGAUAAUGUAUGAUAAUGAGUUUGAAACGAAAGGAAAUAAAAUUUAAACCAAGGAUAAAAUUGAACCACAACAUAUAUAAACAUGUGUACCGUAAAAUUCCGACAAUAAGCCCCGGGGCUUAUAUUUUUCAAAGGCCCUUUUUGAGGGGCUUAUUUUUGGAGAGGCCUAUAUUCGCAGGGGCUCAUGUACGGAGGGAAAUUUACGUUAUAAAAUCGUUUGGGCUAGCUUGUAGUGGAAAGGAAAUUUACCAUUUUUGCUUUGUUUUACUUUGUAUUCCAGGGCAAAUUCCAAGUACAAGCCCCGCGGGGGGCUUAUAUUCGGAGAGCCGAUUUAACGGAGGGUUUUUUGCGUUACCAUUUGGGAGGGGGGACUUAUAUUUGGAGGGGCUUAUACAUGGAGGGGCUUAUUUUUGGAAUUUUACGGUAUUUUAAUACUGUGUAAAAUAUGUAUAGUUAUGUGACAAAAUGUUAUUGUGUACAGUCUGGCUUGCUGCGAUUAGCUUUCUUUAUUUGUUAGCCUGUCUAACGCUAACUUGUAAAAGUGAAGUGUUGGUUAGCCAAUCAAUUUUGGUAUAAAUUGUAAUUCUUUUUUUUUCUACAAAAGAAUUGCCUAGACAGUCAAGUAUUAUUGAGGAGGAACAAUGGAACUUUCGCCCAGUCGAUGUUUCUCCAUCUUGUGACGGUCUUAAAAGGUAAUAGUUCAUUUACUUUUCCAUAUUUCUUCUAUGCAUGUAAUUUUACAUAACAAAUUUCAUGGGAGCACGAAAACAUUUUCCAAGCCAAGUCUAGUGAGAGUGGCUGUUUAAUAAAUGUAUUGUGACGGUAGCAACACCAAACUUUAGUGGUAACAGUGAAACAUGGCAUGCAGCCAGUUUAAAUCGUUCAAACGCGAGCGAAGUUACAGCUAAUAUUAAGAAUGGGGAAAGUACAACUGAUUCAAAUCUCGUAAAUGGCAGCUAGUGGUUCUGCGGAAGCGAAGCGUAGAAAGACUUGUGGCGGCGGCUGCAAUGCAAACGGGGAAAAUUUUGCAUUUGCUGCCAUGCGAGGGAAAACCUAUGGCAGCUGCAAUACAAGCGCAGGAAGUCAUGUAGCUGCUGCCAUGCGCGGGAAAACCUGUGGCAGUUGCAAUUUGAGGUUGCAAUACAAGUGCGGGAAAUUAUGCAACUGCUGUCAUAAGUAGGAAAACUGCGGCGGCUAUAAUACAAGCGCAGGAAGUCAUGCAGCUGCUGCCAUGCGCGGGAAAACCUGUGGCAGUUGCAAUUUGAGGUUGCAAUACAAGUGCGGGAAAUUAUGCAACUGCUGUCAUAAGUAGGAAAACCUGCGGCGGCUAUAAUACAAGCGCAGGAAGUCAUGCAGCUGCUGCCAUGCGCGGGAAAACCUGUGGCAGUUGCAAUUUAAGGUUGCAAUACAAGUGCGGGAAAUUAUGCAACUGCUGUCAUAAGUGGGAAAACCUGCGGCAGCUGUAAUACAAAGUAUACAUGCGCGGGAACUUAUGCAACCACUUCCCUGCGCGGGAGAACCUUUGGUGGCUGGGUUACAAUAAAUUAUGUAACUGCUGCCAUAAGCGGGAAAACCUGCUGCGGCUGUAAUACAAGGGAGAUAAAUUGUGCAACUACUGCCAUGCGCGGCAAAACCUCUGGUGGCUGCAAUACAGGCGCGGGAAUUUAUGCUAUGGAACUGCUGCCAUGCGCGGAAAAACCUUUGGCGGUGACAAGUUAAGGUUGCAAAACAAGUGCGGCGAAUUAUGCAACUCCUGUCAUAAGCGGGAAAACCUGCGGCAGCUGCAAUAUACAAGCGUGGGAAACUAUGCAACUGCUGUCAUGCGCGGAAAAAACCGUGGCGGCUAUAAUACAAGCGUGAUAACUUAUAGAACUGCUGCCAUGCGCGGUAAAGCCAGUGGUGGCUGCAAUACAAGUGCGGGAAAUUACGCAACUGCUGCCAUGCGCGGCAAAACCUCUGGUGGCUGCAAUACUGGCGCGGGAAUUUAUGCCAUGGAACUGCUGCCAUGCGCGGAAAAACCCGUGGCGGUUGCAAUUUAAGGUUGCAAUACAAGUGCGGGAAAUUAUGCAACUGCUGUCAUGCGCGGGAAAACCUGUGGCGGCUACAAUACAAGCGUGGUAAAUUAUGCAACUGCUGUCAUGCACGGCAAAGCCUGUGGUGGCUGCAGUACAAGUGCAGGAAAUUAUGCAACUGUUACCAUUGCGCGGCAAAAACUGUGACGGUUGCAAGCGCGGGGGUACGCAGCUGAUGCUAAGCGCGGGAUACACGCAAACUGCCGAUGCAAACAUACGGUCUGUUUCAGGAGUGGGAAGCGCACUCUUGCCUUGACAUGUUCGCUCAGAACUGUUUGGACCUUGGAGGGUGUGUUUUGAACAUUUUAAGCCAUUUUUUAAUCGACAAGCUCAAACUGUGACUGAAGCGAUUUAGGCAAUCUAUACACUGUUUUAAUUUUAAAAUUUGGGAUUGAAGAUUUUACUGAUCGAGGUCUUCUAAAGAUCCGGCUGACCCUCACUAGUUUGUCGUUUUGGUUUUGCCUUCAGGGGUGUUUAUGGUUUCCAGUCCUCUUUCUUACUUUUUUACACUUCCCCAAAGUGUGGCACAGAACCUAUCCGAUAUGAAACACUCCACUUUCGAGAACGGCGCGGCGCAGCUUUGCAACGUUUCAGACAUCGCGCCAAAAUCACCGUUCUUAUGUGUCAACAGAAGCCCUAUCCAGUAUGAUGUUUGUGUAGGUGCAAAAGUAUUGACCACUACAGAAAAUUACAAAACAAACCAUAAUGCUCUUUGUUUGUCACCCCCAAAAUUUACAUAAGUUAAAAUGGCCCCAAGAGAAACUGAAAACGAUGCUUAUGCAAAAUUUUGGGGUGUCAAACAAAGAGCAUUAUGGUAUGUUAUGGUAUUUUCUUUAGUGGUUAAUAGGGUGAACAUAGCCUUAGUAGGGUCUCCUUUUGGUAACCAGGUUUGGUCACACAGUCACUCCCAAAUCUGAUGGUAGCAUUGUACUUACUGGUGGAUUUGGUCUUGAAAAUGGGAAACACAUGCGGCUUAAUGGUGUCCAUUUACUACAUACUGUGCAAGGUAAUAUUUGCUUUAAAAAUUGGCAGAAAAAGAAAUGCCGCGUGAUGGAUAUGCCUUAAUAAAAUUAAUAACAAUCUUGUCUCGUAGGAGUGUGGCAUUGUACAGAAGUGAUAGCUGCCUCGGAAAAUGACUUACUUGGUAAGAGAAGCGAUAGUGUAAUAGUUCCUUGUUUUUAGAAUGCGUUGAGUUAAAGAAUAGCUCAAAAAUCAAGGAUGCGUAAAUCUUCCAGAUGGUAAAAAGAAAAGAAGAAAAAACUUCGAAGUCAAAUAUUUGAUCGAUUCGUCGUCCUGUUCGUUGUCAGUGUCUUGUGAACCAGUGCGAGUUUAGCUCAAAUAAACACAAAAAAGCUUUUUUUUGUGCUUGAAGAAUGAACCAAGGCUUAUAUGCUGAGUAAAGUUACUACCUUGCUUGCGUAAAGAAACAAAAGUUCCUGCUUUUUGCGAUACUUACCGCUUGUAUUCACAAGACGUUUAACGCAUAAAAUUUCUUUAACUUUAUUAAACUGUCCCAACUGAACCUGAUUAUGAUGAUGAUGAUGAUGAUGAUGAUGAUGAUAAUGGGGAUGACAUCGAUGACUGUGGACUAUGUGGUAACCAACAUUUACUUCUUAAUUUCAGGUGGUCGAAUCUUUCACACAGCAACAGCAUUAAGCAGCAGUGACAUUUUGAUAUACGGCGGUAGAACGUCGCCAGCAAAGCCUUGUGCACAAACUCUUCUUCUGUCACUAACAAAUAAUAGUGAGUCAAUAUCUUCAAAUUCUUCAUGCGGCGCUUCCCAAAACGUCCGUGCGGAGAGUGAAUUUGAAGGCGAUAGGGAUUUUCAAAGCUCUCGCAUCAUAAAUCAGUGUUACAAACAGACUGUUUUAGACUGCGGUGGAGAUAUUCCAGAACCAAGAUGGCGUCAUAGUGCUACCCAUGUCUUCCUUCCUGAUGGUAUGCUAAAUUUUUCUAGUCUUGUCGCAUUCAGUUUCUGUAGACCGUUAGUGGUGCUUUGGAAAUAGAAAGAUUAAGCAUCGCGUUUACGUCAAACGGCAAAUGAAAAAUUUUCAAAAUGAGAAAUGAGGAGAGAAAAGCGGCUUAAAACGAUUCUUAUAGGGACUUUAAGAUCCAACGACGCGGACGACAGCGAGAACGUCAAAAAAACAAUUGGUUUAAUUAGCAAAACAACAGCUUCGCACGUGCAUCACACUUUUUUGUACAUUUCUUUCCCUUUUUUGCACGACUACGACGUGAAAAUGCCUAAUUUCGCGUUUUAUGGAGGACAUAAACAACCAACGACGAAAUUUUAUUUCUCUUUCUGAGCUUGAAUUUGGUCCCUUGAAAUUCAGCUUCAGGAGGGCUCGCCUAUAAUUGACAAAGUAAGUGGGUAGGAAUAAUCGCUAUGAAGACUGAAAGAACGCAAAUUCACUUGUCAAGCGACGUUCUUGUCGCCGUCGCAUCGUUGGAUCUUAAAGUCCCUAAUGAACAGUAAACGACAAGUAAAGGGGAAACUUGGUCACGUGCUACAAAUUCACGUUUGCUGUUUGCCGUAAACGCGAUGCUUAAUCUCUCUAUUGUUGGCUGGGCGAGCACAUUAUCAGGAGGCCAGCAAGUGACUGAGUGAGCUUGGGAUCAGUUCCUUCUCUCUGUUUGUUCGGUUACGUCGCACCUUGGCCCUUUGCCAUCUCGAAAAACUAAAAAGUGGCUUCUCUCAGUCACACAGUCCUGCGAGAAAUGGUCAUUCCAUCAUUUUUCAGACCGGGAGGACAUCAAAGCACUCGUCUGCAUGCAGGUAGCCUGCGAAGCGCAAACGUAUUUCCGGUCGUCGCUUCUCUCCCUCCCUCCGGAGGGAGUGAAGCGACCACCGGAAAUACGUCUGCGCUUCGCAGGCUAGCAUUCAGGCCAUGAAGUUUACCUUGAAAAUUAACCCUUCCAUCCAUUCAAUUUGAUAAGAGUCUAAUUUCUCCUUAGAAUGUCACGGUUUGAUUAAACAUAGAAGAUUUUGAACUAAGGAAAUGCUUGCCAAGUAGAAAAUGCUUACCAAGUGUAAAAAGUCUCCCAAAACCCUGGGAACUGUAUAAAGAAUAAUGCGAUGAAUGUUCGUGUUGUGAUAAGAUGUAGUAUGUUUCUAAUUCACACUUAUCAUGACUUCUGUUUUGGUCCUCACAGGUAGCGAAAAUGUGCUCGUGUUUGGCGGUCGCACUCCUUCUUGCCUCGCUCUUGGAGACUGUUAUUUACUCAAUCGUAAAACGCAAAUGUGGAGAAAGGUAACCACUUCUAAGAAGUUGUUUUCUUCGUUCGGUGUUACACACACCAAGAAAGGUUCCUGCGCAAAAAGCGCGGAAAAUCGCGCUGGGCGUUUUUAUUUACCAUGUGCAAAAAAGUUUCCGGAAAAUCUGGUUGGGAAGUAAAUGGAACACGAUUUUUUGAGUCGUUCCACCAGAAAAUUUCCCGGAGCAACAGGACAUCUGAAACGGUAGUCUUGUUUUUUCUGGACGGAAUGUUCCAAACGAAAAUUCGUGUUCCAUUUCUUCAAAGCCAUCUUUGAUACCAGUUUAAGGCUAUCGCGGCCGUUUUUCGGUUAAAGGAACUGAUUUUUCAAAUGAAAAACACGAUUCCGGAAUGAAAUUUACCUGUCCUGAAUUUUGCGUACCAUUUGCUCAAACUGUGAACCGUCCGGUUUGCCCAUGUAAAUAGUGAACAACCAUAAUGAAUCACUCCUUUCAGGAAGCAGCAUUUCUUAGUUACCAGGGCAACUGAUACAAGCCUGGGACCUCGUAUAAAACAAAUAAAAAUUGGUGGACUGGCACCAGCCUAAAAAUAUGCGCAUUAAUUUAACCUUACUACUAUUUAUUGUUUGGUUGAUUUAUCUAUUAAUAAAUUAAUUAAAUUAUUUAUUUAUCUAUUUAUUCAUUAUAAAACGCAAACUGUCAAAAUUUAAGCACAAUGCACUUGCGCGUUUCGAUGCGAUCCGUUUUACAUACACUCUGAGGUGUUUGUAGUUAAUCUCUAGUUACCGUUGCUUUAUAGUUGCUUCUCAGUGGAGACAUCGCUUCACCGCGUCAUUCCCACUCCGCAUGCGCGUGGAACAACAAUGUAAUACUAUUGGGAGGCCUGGACGCUAGUCUUCAUGCCCUUGCCACACUUCAAAUCAUAGACACUAAGGUAUGAUGUCCUGUUUUCAGACGUUGUCCAUUUUAAUACAGACUUUACAACUGUUUAUACAAAUAUGUAAUGCAGCAAACACAAUUGCAAAUUUGCAGAUAAGGAGAACGACAAGAUAGGAAAAAACUAAUGCAUUAUAACAGACGGAGAGCUAUGUACUGUUAAGAAAACCAGCUGGAGUGUAUUAUCAGGUUUAAAAACUCGAGGCGAAGCCGAGAGUUUUUACACCCGAUAAUAGACGACUGCGAGUUUUUUUGGACGGCUACAAAAUCUCUGAUAUAGCUCAACUCAUUCUUGCACUAAUAUUAGAUUUGGGGUUAUUUCGUUCCAAGAAAUCGGACGUAAAGUUUAGCCGUGUCUUUAUCAGAUAUAAAGACACUCAUUAAACAUUAUUUUCUUUUGUUUUUUCUAUAUAAAUUAUUAAUGACUUUUUGAAAUACUUUUAACAAACGUUACAGUUGAACCUCUCCACAACGGCUCCCUUGGGGACAGAAGAAAGUGGCCAUUUUAGAAAGGUGGCCUUGGUAGUGGGGGUGUAAUAUGACACCCUCCCCCCCUCCUUUUUUUUCUUUUUUUUUUUCGGGUAAGGUGACUCUUCGCCGGGAAAUUCGCCGGCAUUUGACAGUUUCAGCGAACUGGAAUAAGCACGACAAAGUUUUAAAAGUACGAAUUCAUUUUAAAGGUGACGUUUUCUUUGGCUUCGCCGUCGUCGAUGCUAAAGCUCCGUAUUGACAGUUGGGAACGCGCUUUAGUGCCGUUACCAUUGCAAAGAGGUUUAAACAAGAGUCAGUGUAUAGAUUGUCCGCAAAAGUGGCCGUUCUAGAGAGGUGGUCCUUAUUGGAGUUCCGACUGUAUUUCUAAAUUAAUACUGAGAAAAGUAAAACUUUUGGAGAGCAAAUUUGAACUGGUUUGUAGGAGGUUUUUGUUGGAUUAUUUACCAACUUGUCCUGGGCAUCAAGCCAUCUCAUCCUCACGCCCGAUCACUAACAAAAUGAUACAUGCUUUGCUUUCAGGUAAACCCCAUGACUCUACGGACACUUAACGUUCAGCCUGCUUUAUUACCAAGGUAUCGUCCCACGAAAACUUUAAUCACAGUUCUCGAUUCGUGAUUAUUAUGAAUCUUGUUGCGGGCGACAAGAGGAGCCGGCAAUACUAAUAUCCAGACCCACUUUGUUCAAACGCUGGUACUCAUAAUCUGAUUACGCGUGGUUUGACCACCUACCACGUGAAACUUACGCAAAGCACAACGUUCGGGCAAAAGCGUUUUGACCGAUCGUUGUCGCUCGCCCGCACUCUGUAACCUUUGGUUAUUACUAGUAGCUACAAGCGUGCAUAAAUUUGUUUUUAUCAUUUCGUCAGAGCGAAUCUAGUAUAGUUUGCGAUGAAUCUGUACGUAGCUCUAUGGUGUAUUAUCUGCAGUAGUUAGAUUGCUCGAUCGGCCUUUUGGCGUUAUGAAAACAGUAAACACCCGCGAAUAAGAACCUAGUGGAUUAAGAACCUCCCGGCAGAAAUUUUCCAGUUUUUAAAUACAAGAACCUGUUUAGCCAAGGAAAAUCAAGCAGGUUCUUAUAUCAGGUUACGGUUAAAUGGUAAAAAACAAUUUAACCAAGGGGUGUAAUUUUGAGAUUGUGAAUUAAGGUAUAACAAGAACAUACCGUACCAAACUAUAUAUAAAUUUGGUAAUCAGGUUUGUUACGGUUAUAAUAACACAAUUCUGAAUAAAUACGGUAUUUUUAACGACCAAACGCAAUUUUUUUUUUUUGGUAAUCAAGAACCUAUUAUCUCCUUCAUAAGUACCAAUAAUUACCCCCAAAAUACAACAACCUAUUUUGCCAGACUUUAAAAGAAGUAGGUUCUUAUUCGCGGGUGUUUACUGCAUUUCCUUCUUUUUGUGUUAUCGCUUUUUUUUCUCACCCAUUAUUAUGCACCUUUUUCCAUUGUAUUUUUUUUUUUAGAUACUCUCACACAGCUCAUGUUGUUAAUGACCAUCUUGUACUCGUGGGUGGAGUCUCCCCAAACUCUACUCGCACCCCUGGAGUAGUUCUUCUUAAUCUCAAGUCUCUUACUUGGAAAUCAUUUUCCCUUCCGGUAAGUGCUUUUCUGUUAUCACAAUAUUCUACUAUUCUAGCUAAAGUUGUGCACGAUUUCACAACGAGACUUAGGGCCUGUUUACAUGGAGGUGGGGUCCCCAGUUAGCUGAGGUAACAUGUGGCGGGUCACCCCACCGAUCAUGUAAACGUGAUCAAAUUAAAAUGAGAGAUUAUAUGGACAGGCAAGUUACAUCACCUGCCUGGGGUCCCCCACCUCCAUGUAAACAGGCCCUUAGAUAGCUGGAGCCGGAACAUACAAUAACACAGGAAAAAGGGUCUGGAAGGGGAGGAGGGGAGUCCAUGAUCCCGCCAUUCCCGCUCCUUUUUCACCACAAUCCGGCUUCCCAAACUGCAGUCAUCUCUAUCCCGGAUACAGGUAGUUUCUUGGGGUUAUCGGUCGUUUCGAUACAAAGUUCUUUCGAUCCCAGUCAUUUCGAUACAAGUUUAUUCAUUCUAGGUGUAAAUAGUUCCACGUACUUGGCUUAAAGAACGACGAUAUUCACCCAAAAUUUCACUGCUUGAGUUUGUAUCGAAACGACUUGUAUCGAAACGACUUUGCAUCGAAACGACCAGUAGUUUCUUGGUGUUGCGGAAGGGUGUAAUCACCAAAUGACGUAAUUCAAUAGGUUGAAAAGACACUGAACAAUGUACACACCACACCACCACACCAUUUUCUUUCCAAUAACCGCAUCCCGUGCCGAGAUUUUGGCUUCCUGUGGAGCGGUCAAAUCCCAUGUUCCGUCAACAAAUUUUGCGUUUUGCCGAAUCCUACACAAUAUUUCGGUCAAUUCCUGGAUCCCAGGAAAACACAGCUUAGCUACUAAACUGUUUCCCAGCCAAGUGUCAUUUGAAAAUUACCAAAGUAAUAUUGUUUCUUUUAUUUUUCUCAAGACCUGUACAGCCCCUCGAAACCCCCUGAUGCUUCACAAUCACCAAAGUGUCUUCUGGGAAGAUUCGCAAGGUAUUGUAGUACUCGGUGGAGGAGGAAACUGUUUUUCGUUUGGAACUCAUUUAAAUGACUUUCCUGUUUUGAUAGAUCUUCCGCUUCCUUGA